CCUCAAGGUUUUUUUCAGACGAUCCUGAACUCAAUGCAUAAAUACCAGCCGAGGUUUCACCUGGUCAGAGCCAACGACAUUCUCAAGUUGCCAUAUUCAACCUUCAGGACGUACGUGUUCAAAGAGACCGAAUUCAUCGCAGUCACGGCAUACCAGAACGAAAAGAUCACACAAUUAAAAAUUGACAAUAACCCCUUUGCGAAAGGAUUCCGGGAUACAGGAGCGGGUAAACGGGAAAAAAAGCAAGCUCUGUUGCAAAGGCCUCAGGAAGAGGGAAAGAAACAGGAAACCAGACAAGACCACGAAGAAGAGAAGUUACUGGAUGUCGUGGGGACAUCUGAACCACCUUUCCGUAUACCACCACAUCAUCAUAGAGGUUGGUUCGCAGGUGAGCCGGAGCCAGGAAGGAGGGGCGAUGGGGACAGCGAAGCUGAAAGCAGUUGCGAGUCCGAGAGUGGCCCGGGUUUUAGACCCCCGACACCGCUAGACCAGCCUGCGGCCCCAGGGCCAUCUGGUAGCCACCACGGAAGCGGAGAGUACCCCUCCCCGAACAUAUCGGUCGGGCCCCCGAUCCACCCAGCACCUCACCUCCUCCCCUACCUUUACUCCCCAGGGCUGUACCCGGGGGCAGGGCCCCACCACCUCCUGGCCCCAGGCCCUCCACUGGGCAGCCUCUUCUCACCCCACCACGGCGUUACCCCAAGCCUCCUCUUCAACGCCCAGCUUGCCUUGGCUGCCCAACACCCAGCAGCCUUCUUCGGCCAAGGAUACCCAGGUCUUCACCCUCGACUUGGAUCCCACCGCUACGCUCCUUACAGCCUCCCACCGAUCGGCGGCUCACCCUCCGCCUUCGAGGCAGUACCCCUGGCCAGCCCAACACCUACAAGGCCGCCUACAUCACCCCCUACUACACCGACACCACCGAAACCGGAGACGACCCCGAGUGAACUGAAGAGUAUAGAAAAGAUGGUGAAUGGACUCGAAGUGAAAACGCCGGACCUUUUGAGCCAUGUGAAAGUGGAAGAUAAGUAGGCUACGUUUAGUGACACACGAUGCCUUUCUUCUCGGACAGUUUCACCUGUAAAUUUCCAGUUUUUAUAUCUAUCUGUGAUUUAAUACGAGGGUCCAUCGAAUUGACUGGAAUCGUCAGAGGCAUCCUCGUCUGAAUAUCUGCCCGAAAAUGGUGCUACUGGCGAAUAUAUUCAUGAAAAGUGCAAGUGUCUAAUGACACGUAUUUUCGAUGUAUGUGAUGUCACAAUAUCACUAUAAUUCUAAAUACCUCAUAAAGAAGAGGUUGCGCUCAUUUUAAGCAAAGGAAAUUUUUUUCUUAGAUCGAUAUCUGGAGUGUCAUACAAGACAAGAACAUUCUGUAAAACGGUUUACUUGUACUAAAUAUUAGAAAGCUUUUGUUAUUUGUGAUAAUGAGUUUUAUAUAUGUUUUGUUUUAUUUACCGUUCAAGGGUGUAAUUGAAUGUUUAUAUAUGUAUUGUACAGAACGUAAUUGUUAUCUUUCGACAUUUCAAUUGAUGGAAAGGUUCUAUCGGUCAUCAUGUUUUCAUUAUCUCUAUUAUUUUUUUGUAUAAUUAUUGACUAAUAUCUAAGUAAUAUAAUUUAUCUGAGCAUCCACAAGCUAAUUAUAUGAUGGAACAAGGAAUAUUGCACAUACUCAUAUAUAAUUAUUGAUUAGAACCUUUUCAUCAUUGAGCCAUAUUUAUUAGUAUACUUGGAUAUACAAUUUAUGUAGUGUAUAUACAAUUUGCAAUAUAGAAAGAUUUUUAAAACUCACUCAAACAAUCAUCAUUCUCCAAUCAGUAGUGAGGUAUUUGGUGUUCCCUCGGGUUUCUGCUUGGGUACAAAACAUUCACAACUGUCGCAAGAGGAAUUGAAAUAUUUCUCUAUAAAUACUUCUAUUUUCUAUGUUCUAUUUUUGUGUAAAGAUAUUGACAGUUUUGAUGUGGAAUCCCAGUAAGAAACCGGCAAUUUAGCUAUGAUUGGUGUAUGUUUUAUGUUUAUAACAGUUUAAAUAAUUGUUGUUUAUGAUCACUUUAUUGAGAUAUGUGGGCUUUCGAGUCGGGCAGGCCGUAUGAAACGUAAUCAAACACACCAGAUUACUUCUACUUCAAAGUGAGAUUGUGUGUGAGUGUCGGUUGUAUUUUAAGUAUAAUAAGCAAUAAACAAAUUGUAAAUAUUGUGCAUCAAACACAUAUAUACAUAUAUCAUUGUAUAUGUGUCUGUGUGUUUCUAUCUUAAAUAUUCGUUAUAUAUUAUAAUAUAGAAGAUUUAUUUACUUUAAUUUGCAGUUAUAAAUGUUUUAAAGAAAAGUUUCCUUUGCUUAUUCAGAAUAGGAAGUGAAAUUCUGGCGUAUUAAAAGUGGAAGUUGUUCGGUUUUAUUGUAUUAUAUUUUAGCCUGUUGAGAAAAAAAAACAAAAAAACAAAAAGAAAAAAAACGACUUACCUUUUGUUAUCCGGAACAGUGAACAAUAUCAUUCGGAUUAUUUUUUAUUCCAAGUGGUUACAACGAGUGCGCGAGUUCUCUUAACAAACUGUUUAAAAAAAAAAAAAAACUCAAGGUACGGAUAAGUCAGGUCCGCGUAGGAUCGCCACAGAGUUUGCCUUAAAUUCACCUUCCACAUGUUCCUCUUAAAAUUAAAAUAUAUUUGCUGUACACUCAAUACAUUAUCUUACUAAUAAGUACUGAAUUUAAUAUAAGAUUCAUGUCAUUUUUUGGGUGACAUUACAACUUUGGGUGCAUGUAUUCUGUUGGAACUAUUUUUUUUUUCUUUUCCUUUUUCAAUUUUUUUUUUCUUUUUUAAAAUGUCUAUUCGUAAAUUCUUAACUUCUUCUUUGUUAUUGUGAAUAAAACAAUAAUGUCGAUAGUUUUCUUAUUUUUUUUUUUGUUUUUUUUUUAAAUAAUAUAUUAACAUAUUCGAAUUUAUUAUUUAAUUAUUAUAUAUAAAUAUUAUAUAUAUGGAUAUAUAUAUAUAAAUAUAAAUAUAUAAAUAUUGAACAUACUUAUAAAUAAGAUUUUAAAUUAUUUCUCUAAUUUGUAUAACAUAUAAAACAUGACAAAUACUCCUUUCUCAAUUGUUGAAGAAUAUAUGUAGAAAUGUAUAUGAUACAUGAUUAUCGCAGCGCCUCCAAUGUUGAUAACGGGUUUAUCCUAUCAAAUCACGGGUAACCCAACCAUCAACGGGAUGUGCUGCCAUCAUUCUAUAAAAUUUGGUGAUUACAUAGUUGUUUAAUUAUACUUCCCCACAGUUGUUUGUUUCUGUCCUAGUUUAUUUGCUAAAAAACAAAAAAAUAAAUAAAACCCCAUUUGUUUCAUUGUCAAGAUCGGUGUGAUUGUAGCAAGGCUUGCACAAAAUUGUUGAGCUGUAUUGUUGUAUCAUCAGACUUUGUAAAUCUUGUACAAUAUUCUGAUGUCAAAGAAAAAAAAUCAAAAAAAUACAAAAAAAAAAAGUGUAUAAUCAAUCAAGUAUAUAUAUUUGAGUGAAAAAGCAGCAAUAAUCAUUAAGCAAAUAGCCUAUUUAAAAUUUAGUAUUGUAUUAUAUUAUGUGAGCAAAUAGUUGUGGCUAUACUUCCAAAACAGUAAAUAAAUGUGAAUAC